CUUGUCGUCGAGCGAAGGAUGCUUUAUCUAUGCUUCGACAGGAUAAAAACAGGUUUGAUAUUAUCAUAAGUAAUUUGCGUAUGCCAGAGAUCGACGGCUUUAAGCUCCUUGAGAUCCUUCAGUUGGAGUCCAUGGAUUUGCCUGUUGUUAUGACAUCUGCAGAAGAUGGAAAAGACAUUGUUCUCAAGGGAAUCAUCCAGGGGGCUUGUGAUUAUUUGGUGAAACCUGUUUCCAUGGAGAAGAUCAAAGUCAUAUGGCAACAUGUUAUCCGCAAGAAAUUUAUUAGGUUGAAAGAACUACAUCAAUCAACAGAUGUGAAAGGUGGUGGUGAGUCUAAAAAUGCAGAUAAUGAACCCCUACAAAUUGAAGGAACAUUCAAAAGAAGAUUAAAUGACGACCAAGAAGAUGAGGUGACCAGUGGAAAGAAGCAACGGGUAACUUGGACGCAAGAGCUGCAUCAGAAGUUUGUCACGGCAGUGAAUCAACUGGGCCGUGAUAGGGCUGUUCCAAAGAAAAUCUUGGAACGCAUGAAAGAAAUGAAUGUUUCUGGUCUUACCAGAGAAAAUGUGGCCAGCCAUCUUCAGAAAUACCGUUUGCAUCUUCAAAAGCUAACUGAGUCUCCACAUGAGAUUGGUCAAGCCCGAGCCUACAUGGAUCCCGACAAAUCAUUUUUUGGGUAUUCUUCUCCAGCAGCCACCAUUUCGAGUAAAGUUGUAGUACCAAGUCUUGCCAUCCCUGAAGCCACUGGAUUUAACUCUAGAGGAGUUGGCAUGCCUUACGUUGAUCAAAGGAACCUUUAUGACUCCAGGACUCCUUUACAUUCUGUAACUGAUUUGUCUAUUCAUGAUUAUCCUUUUAGGAAUACUACUCCUGUAGCUAUGACUCCCUUUACAAAAUCAUUUUCCCCAGCUCAGGAUUAUGAAUAUAUGUAUUCGGGUGACAUUGCUCAGCAAUCUAGAAACUUCUCAAUCGUUGAGUUUAAGGGUGAAAAUAUGUGUCAGAUUAUGCCUGAUCAGUCUCUACUUCCUAUCGAAUACUAUGAAGAUCAGGAAGCGACCUUGCGUGGGCCAUUUGUUUAGAAAGGCAUGUGCUAGCUGAGAUUGACUCAACAGUGGUGGCUACUCUUUUUUUAAUGCUUCUUUGUUAGAGACAUCUGACCCAGUCCUCAACAAUGGUUCUUUCUUUUCUUCUUUAAUCCUGAAAGAACUUCUAAGGACUAAAUCUUUAUUGUAAUUUGUGAGCUACUAAUCUUUAGAUUCUGUCUAAACGAUUAUUUAAUCAAGAA